GGUGACGUGUUUUUUAUAUAAUCUAGUUGUCAACAAACUCACGAGGAGACAUUGUUGCCAAAUCAAAAACAGUGUCAAAAACGGCCGCUAGAUGACAUUGGAAAUACAUUCGCGUCUUUUGGAAGUUCCUGAACGAAAAAGCGUUUUUGAAGAAACAUCUCAUAAAUCACCAUUCGUAAAUUGAGUCUAGGGUUUUGGUACCCCGAAUUGGCAAUGUCCCGGUCAUUCCCAUCCUUCUGGAAUGGAAGCACUGGUUGCAUGGAAGUCGUAGAUGCAAGUCUCAUAAUAUAUGCUCAUUAACUCGAAGCUAAGCUACUGUCAUACGUGGUUCAAAGAAUAUUUUUGCUCAUAUAAUUCUAUCUUCAAAUAGUGCAAAUGGUUUGUGAUAAUUAUGGAAGGGAUUUAAGAAAAGAUGGUUUGAGAAAACAGCAAAAAUCUCCAUUGCACUUCGUGAUGGCGAACACGUGUUCGGUGUUCGAUUCCUCGGUCAUUACUCGUCUUUCCAAGUAUCAACGAAAAUUAGAUGCUUCUUCAUUCUCAUUAUCCGAGGACAUCGCAAUCAUAUUGUAGUGCGUGACGGAGAAUGGAACCAGGAAAUGUGGUGACACCAUUGACCUUUUCCAAUCCGCUGAAACACUGCAUACCUUGGUGACAAAAAUGAACUGCAUGAAUGUUGGAAAAGGAACGCUGUCUAAAGCGAACCACGACCCCCGAGGUUGAGUCUCAAACACCGGAACCUGCGUGUCAGUUUUCUAUGGAACCACCUCACCGCCAUAGACUUCUUUUUGGCUGCCGCGUACUAGCGAGGGUCUAUAGAACUUGCAUCUUGCAUGGUGGGCCAUCAGUAUCCUCGACGUCGUCGACAAGAAAUUGCCCAAAAUGGGUCAGUUUGAAUAGUGAUCGGCCACUUAAGUGCGUGCGUGCGUGAGCACCAGGUGUAGCGAAUCUUCUCGCUUUAUUGGUCGACAUUUUUGUGUGUGUGUGUUUUGUUUUUACGUGUCCUUUUUCUGGAGAUCGCCUUGCUUGUCCCUGCGUGUCUUGUGUGUCGGCGCGGCAAAGGGAAGAAGAGCACGUGUGAUUUUUCCCGCGUGAUCGUGCCGUAUCAUUUCCCCCUUGCUCGAAAAAGAACCUGCCAUGAAAUCUCUGACAGCGUUCGUCUGUUUCGUCGUUUUACCAGCAGGAUCGCUGGCCAGUUGGGAGGAAUGGUGGACUUAUGACGGCAUUUCAGGUCCGUCAUUUUGGGGUUUGAUCAACCCGCAGUGGAUGUUAUGUAACAAAGGCAGGAGGCAAUCACCCAUCGAUAUUGAACCUGCCAAAAUGCUUUACGAUCCGAAUUUACGGCCACUCAGCGUCGACAAGCACAAGGUCUCUGGAGUCCUGCACAACACGGGCCAAUCGCUCGUUUUCCGUCCAGAAACCGGACCCAAGCAUUCGCUGGCCGUCAACGUUUCUAGCGGACCGUUGGCCUACCGCUACCAAAUCGAAGAAGUCUUUCUGCACUAUGGCACGGAUAAUUCGCACGGUUCUGAGCAUCGCAUCCAGGGCAGCGCAUUUCCGGCCGAGAUUCAAUUCUACGGCUACAAUGCGGAAUUAUACGCCAACGCGUCCGAGGCCCGGCAUAAAUCGCAAGGGCUUGUCGCCAUCGCAGUCAUGGUCCAGAUCGGCGAGACUCCGAAUUCAGAAUUGCGUUCGUUAUCGUCUCUUUUCGGCCAAGUCAUCUAUCGAGGGCAAUCGGCCGAAUUGCGGCAUGUCUCUCUUCACGCCCUUUUGCCCGAGACGGACCAUUAUAUGACUUACGAGGGUUCUACCACGCACCCCGGCUGCUGGGAAACCACAUCCUGGAUUAUUUACAACAAACCCAUUUACAUUACACGCCAAGAGUUGUACGCCCUUCGUCGUUUGGUGCAAGGAGACAGUGAAACGCCUAAGGGCGCACUAGGCAACAAUGUCCGGGCACUCCAGCCGCUCCAUCACCGCACCGUCAGAACCAACAUUGAUUUCACCAAUUCCAUGGAAAGGGGCUGCGUUACGAUGAAAUCUGACUUGUCGUACAAGGCCAAUUCGUGGAACAUCGCCACAACGUGAUCUUAUUUAUUUAUACAGCACGGACGCUAAACUGUUAGGGGAGUCGUGGUUCCCCUAUCAGAAGUAAACGUCAUCUUCUUUCGUUGAACUCGUGACUCAGACAAGGGGGAAAUACUAUGAUCAAUUAUAGGUCAAUUUAAUUGCGCUGAAAUUGUCUUUUGUUGGCUGGUACCUGGUAUGUACUUUUUCCUUUUUUAUUUUAUUCAAUGGGAAUCGAUAAUUUGCAAUAAUACGAUGACGUCAUCCCCUUCUAUUUCCUCUUCUCCGAAAAAAAAAAAGAAUCUUUUAUUUGUCUAACUGUGUGCACUUUCCUUCCUCUAAUUCUGUUUGUACAUAUCUACAAUACAUACACUCACUCACUCACUUUCACGAUGCGUAUAUUAUCAAAUUCUCCGUAUUCCUUGCGUGUGUGUGUGUGUCAAGUAUUUGCUUUCCAUAUAUCCACACUAUACUACAUUUAUUCUAGAUAUCGAUUGGUUGACAGGUGCCGGGAAGUUUCAAUCAACACCUGGCGUCUUCCACCUCGGGUCAUCACCGCGAAGGAAAAAGGUAAGGACCCAAUUGAUACCCUACGUACCGUGGCUUAGAAAAAUCUCGAAAUUGAAUUCGCGUUAGGCUCGACUAUACGAGGCCGUACAACUGGCGAGUUAGUAACAAACUGUGUAGGAUGAGGAAAGGUUGAGAGGGAAUCCAUUAUUCUAAUGCUCGAAACUUUUACGCUGCGUACGGUGUCGAGUUAUGAUGGCAACAUUUCGAAAUCAAUGGACUGUUCGUGAUGCGUCUCUCAUUCGUGUAUAGCGUGUGAUGUUGUGACAUUAGAAACAAAAGUAGGAAAGAACCGUCCGACGCGUCCGUUUUUUUUUUUGCUCAACCAGAAGACACGGCGAUAAAAAAAAGAAAAAGGUGAUGAGGUGGGGGUUAUCAAAAACUUUCUUUCCCUUUUUUCCGUGUCUUGUUUUUCUUUUAUUUUGAUGUAAUAUUUGCCCGACUCCCGCACGAUCCUUCUUGGUCGCAAAGGAGGAGGAGAAAUGUUAAAAGAAAAAACUUUUGUUUUCAAUGAGAAAAAACGUGAUGAAGUAUUUUAUCAUUUCUAAAUAUACAUCUAAAAACAUGAGUUCGUCGACAGUGGCCCUGUAGAAAGAGAAAACUUCUGUUCCGAACACGCCACAAACACUUUGAGGUAGCACGAAAAAGCGGAUUGAAUUAAGAAGAAGAGUCACGCAGAUAAUAGUUAAAAAAACUGAAUAACCUCCACCCACCCACCCCUUUUUUUUUUAAAGGGGAAAGGAUCUCUUUAAAAAGUGGGGGGCCUCGUAUGCAGAAUUAUUUAUACGAUGGGAAAGGAAUUCCCGCGGUACACACAGUGUCGAAACGGCUUAAAACGGUUUUAGCAUGUUUGGCUUGUUGACGACAUUUAUUAUUGACUUGAGUAGUGAAAAAAAAACAUAGUAGGACUCGUGGAACAAAAGGCCAUUAUUGGUGUCCAGUCUUUUAAAAACUGAAGUUUUUAGCUGAAUUUUAUUUUAUUUUUUCCUACGCGUAGGAGUAUAACGCGUGUAUGGAAAGUUAUCGAUUUCUAUAAUACCUGGCGAACGGAAUAAAAACAAAAAGCUUAACUUGCUACCGGUUUUUCUGCGCUUGUGAGGUUUAGCUUGUCUUUCUAUUUAGGUUAUGUCUAUUUGUUUUUCCCUCUACCCGUGUGCGUGUUGUUUUUUUUUUUUGGUUUUUUUCCAAAAAUGAAAGCACUGGCAGUUGCACAUUUUGAGGCGACGUGAAUGAAAUGAACAAGUUUAUCAUCGGGUGCGCGUCGGAUGGAGCGCGGCUUUUGUUUCCGGUCGAGUCGCAACCCAAUUGCCUAACAUGUUGAAUUUAUUCCUUUUAUCUUUUCGUGUUUCAACCGAAUACCUUUUUUUUUUUUUCCCUCCCGCUUCCUCUUUUAAAAUGUAUCGACAUAUCGAUGGGAUCUUCUUCCUACUUCCAUUUUACUAAAGAAGAAAAAGAAACAAAACAUAACAAGAAAAACCUCUUGAAAAGUUUGUGUUCCCGAUGGCAGUUGACUUGUGACGUGACCGGCAUUUUCAACUUUUGUCUCGUCGUUGCUGAUCGUCGCGAACAAAAACUUUUCUUCUUUCACGCACUUCCUCCCCUUUUAUAUAUAUAUAUGUAGUAUAUAUAUAUUAAAGCACACAUACUGUGCGUCCAUAUCUUCAGGGAAAAAAUAAGAGAUGGACUGCCAGCAGUUAUAGGGUUUUGAUGGAUUAACAGGCCAACUGUUAUUGUGUCGCAUUCUAUCGCAUUUAUAUGUAAGAUGUCAUCUGUGUCCGUAUAGAAAGUGAACACUUUUCUCGAUUGCUUUUAUUCUGUGCGAUCGAAUCAACGUCUCUUAAAGUUGUCUUUCCAUCUCGAGCCAAAAAAAAAAAAAAGAGAAUUCUUUUCUACAGCCUCAAUCUAUCGGAUGAGCGCAUUUGAUGUGCACGCCAAUCAUCCUUUAUCACGGCAAUUGAUAACGUCAAUCUUCGUGGACCUUUUCUUUUUGCGUGUGUCUUUCGUAACAUCACCUUCGUUAAAUUUGUUCAUCGAUGCGUCGUCAUGAUGGACCGCAUCGAUGUACAUGUGUGCGACGAUAAAAAGCAAUGGCGUACGAAAAUAAUGCAUAGAGACAGUAUAGCACCUAUCGAGUUCACCUUUUUAUGCAUACACAUAGUUUCAGCGAAAUGGAAACGCAAGAUUUUUGGAGAUGAUGCGUCUAUUCAAUUUGUCCUCGGCAUCCCCACUAGCGAUGGUAUGGUAAGAUUUUCUCUCUUGUGCCUUUUUGUAUUACUGAUUUUUACAUCACUCUCUUCAAUUGUGCAUCUUUGCCGUGCUGUAUAGGUAUUCAUAGAUGUGGAUUCGAAAAUGUCUACCCCGAAAUCUGGAGAUAGCCCACGUUCACAUGAAGAGGCAUACGAUAGAUUGAAUCACGCCUCCUUUGCAAAGAGGAACACUCUGACACCUUGAAGUCAGUCUAACAUUGUGUGACUAAAGUUUUUGGAUGAACAUGGCAGUGUGGACGGAAAAACUCAAAUUGCCGCUUGUAAAAGAGAAAAACGUGUGUCGAUGUGGUAGGUUCGUGCUGGCGAGCGGGUAACCAUGUCCAUCGCAUGGUUUCAAAGUUCAUUUGACUUAGUUGUACCAGGUUCUCUAAUUUAAUAAUUCAACUAAUCUUGCGUAAACUCGGGAUAGUUAUUUGACGUUGGACGAAGUUGCGAAGAGAAAAGCACAAGUUUAAUCCCAAAAGUUUGGGUUUAUCUUCUGAGGAUGAACUGCUGCGAAGCAAAGACUUUCGCGUGUGGGAGCUGAUGACAUCUAGCGUAGGAAGAAAUGCUUUUUUACGACAUUUAGAAGUUUUCCGAGUUACGAUUUUGUUUCCUAUAUCUUCUACAGUUUUUGCUAUGACCUAAGCUGCUAAUCUAAUGCUCUUCAAGUUUACUGAAUCGCAAAUUCUUGGCAAAUCAGACAGUACCAAAGCUCUAGUGAUGACGAUUUUGCCUGUUUUAUCAGGUGUUCCAGUUAUGCGAAGAGAAUCAGCCAUAGAUUAUGCGAAAUUUGUUUACUGUGACGAGAACUUCAAUACAAAACUGGCGGCCCAUCAUUUUAUCGAAACCGUACAAGAUUAAAACAUUAGACCGUGACUAAGGAUUCGACGUUACUGUUUCUUUGUUUUUGCCAUUUUAAGUGGGAAUAGAUACACUUUGGAAAUAAUAUUGAUAAAAGGAUAGAAUGAGUCAACGGUACCACACAUGGUCGGAAGACGAAGGUUAAAGUAACAAAAAUGAAACAUUCGCCUUAGUUACAAUGUCUAAACCCAUCUUUGAAUGGCUCCUGCAAGUCCAGCAUCGCCAGUAGAGUGCAGUUCAGCAACGAUAUCAGCUUGUCGCGUUGCAGGGACGCUUUUUAUUUGAUUGACUAUACCAUGAAGGAGGAAAGGAGGAGGGGCGACUCUCAUAAGGCCCUGCAGACAAAAGUGUCGAGAUGCUGUAAUUGCCGUUGGCAAUAGAUUAGUUCUUUUUUUCGUCAAUAGAUGCGUAAGAGUGUUUAGCAUAUCUGAUAUUGACACUGAUCGCCGUCUAGCGGAAAAUCUGUUAGAAAAAUAAACCCGACUUUUACUUUUUUUCAAUUACGUGUACAUAACUAUAAAACUACAUGAUUUGUAUUCGAAAUUCAACGACAAUGUGGAAAAUUUUGUUCAAUUUGACUUGGAAGAAACAGUAUGAGUUAUUUUUUUACAAGAAAGUCGGGCUUACUUCGCUUAUGGAAAGGUGGGAAGGGUUUCAAGUUUCGUUUCAAAGUGGGUGGCGCCUUGACCAUAUUUUCUAGACAUCUAGGGGAGAAAUAACUAACUCCAUAGGCAUGGACAUGUCAGCUAUCCCGUCAUAAGUUUCAUUUCGCGUGGCUUCGGACUGAGGCUGGAUGCUUAAAUGUACGUGUCUCCUCUUGAAAUUCAGGAUGGAUGCUUAAACAGCCGCCUCUCUUCUUGAAAUUCACCACCGAUUCCGUGUUUUUUGAGUUGCAUCUUUGAAUUCAAUCAAUGCAGAGUUGUCACAGUUUUAAAGGAGGAGCAUGGCUUGGCUUUGCUAACACGUUUUCAUUCCGUUAGUCUAAUACACCCAUUUUGUACUAAAGGUGAUAAGUAAAGAAAGUAGUUCUAUAUAAUCUUUUUCCCUAUCUAGAUCUCGUAGAUUCUUGGAGGUCUUCGGGAUGUACCUGAUGUGCUGUGGUGGCUGCAGAAUCAUUCAGUGACAGAGAGGAAUGCUAUUGUUGUUCUGUUAGUUAAAUACAAGAUUUCCAGUAUUAA